AUGCCAAUGAAAAGCGAUUAUUUUACAUUAGCACCGGAUAUCAAUAUUUAUUAUGAACUUCAUUUUUCACCACCACCAUCAAAUUCAUCAACAAAAAUAAUAAUGAUAAUGGGUGCAUAUGCAACGUUAAGAAAUUUUGAUGAGAGUGUGGAAUAUCUUCUUGAACAUUAUCCAUCAUCAAUAGAAAUAUUGACUUAUGAUCAUCGAGGAAUAGGCUAUUCAAAAGGACCAACAUUAGAGAGACAAACAACAAGUUUAUUAGCUCGUGAUGCUUAUCAAUUAGUUAAUCAUGUAUGGGGUAACCAGAGUCCCGUGCAUGUCAUCGGUGUGAGUUUAGGUGGAAUGGUAGCACAAGAAUUAGCUGUUAUGUUAAUUCCCGAACAACGUCUUUUAUCGCUUUAUUUGGGAGUUACUACACGUGGUUCGUAUAUUCGACCGUUUUCAUUAUUACCAAAAUGGUUUUUUUCUCGAAUAAUCCUGCCUUAUUUUUCGAUGAAAUCGGAUAAUGAAAAAAUGCUACGUUCAAUAGCCCCUUACAUAUUUAAUGAAAUCGAACAGGAAGAAAUGGAAGAACUUAUUAAAAAAUAUUUGACCGAUUGCGAUAAAUGGUUCAUAUUCCAGGAUAUUGAUGGAUGUGCGCAACAUAAUGUUGCUUUCAAUUCGCAUUAUUUAACAGAUCAGCAUAUACAACAAAUCAAAAAUGCACAAAUACCAGUGACAGUACAAAUAUCAAUGCAAGAUAAGCUUUUACCAGCUAGAAAACAACAAGAAUUAGCGGAUUCACUCAAUGCGAAAAUCUUGGUCUUAGAACGUGCUGGUCAUACAUUUAAUAGAGAAAACCGAUUGAAAAUGUACGAAAUUGUUGGAUGUGGUAGUAAAUCGGAAACAUUGAUAUUUUGUGAUUUUGACAGUUCUUGUCUAGCAUCAAAUAUAGUUUAUGCUAAAUUUAUAAAACCAUUACAACCAACAAGUUCAAAUGCACAAUUAUCCAUAGCAACUAGUUCAACAGUUGCAUUUAACACUUUUGUCUUGCUUCUUGUUGAAACAGAUCUGGUUUUACGAGAAGAAAAAUAUUCAUUAAUAGUUAAACUUUAA